GUAGUGUCCACUGUGCACCACUUGAAGAGCCCAGCUGAUUCACUAAGCCUUCACCGCCUCACAAAGAUGCAUUAAGUUGUUUUAAAUACAGUUUUGAAUGGCCAAACUCAGUUUGGAAGAAAUACAAUAUAAUUAACGGGUUGUUGUUCGAAUUAAGUUUGUCCUUCCUGGCCGUCCGUAUUGGCGGCAGCUGCACUCCGAAUAUUUGACAACAACUUGUCAACGAGUUAUCGUUUUGAAGGUGGUUGUCAUGGACGACGUCGUCACGCGCCUGGUGUCCACGGGGGACUCUGUCAAGAUCUGGGAUGCAGCUUCCAUGGCACUGCAGGAAUGCUUUAACCCGCACAGCACCAGCCACCCGGUGGCCCAAGCCUGCUGGAGCUCCAACAACCAGUUUUUAGUCAGUGCCAGUAGCAGCGGUGACAAAGUGGUCCUUUCCAGCCUCAAGUCGACUCCGGUUCCGCUGUUGGAGCUGGCUGAGGGGAAAAAACAAGUGCGUGUAUGUCUGAGCUCGUCGUCCCAAUUUGUUGCAAGUGGAGGUCUGGACCACUGCGUCCACAUCUGGGACCUGAAGACCAAGAGACUGCACCGCUCACUAUUGGACCACAAGGAGGAUGUGACGUGUGUGUCCUUCAACGCCAACGACAGCUUUGUCGCGUCAGGAUCCACCAGUGGAGAUCUCGUCAUCCACAGUCUCACCACCAACUUGUCCAGCAAAGCCUUUGGGCACGGCAACCAACAGCCCAUCCACGACCUGCGUCUGUCCAUACUGAAGCGCGCCCUGCUGGGCAGUGUGUCAGACAGUGGCACGGUGGUCCUUUGGGACGCCAACACGCAAAAGGAGCUGCAGGUCUUCGACAGCGCGCAUAAAGCGCCGUCCACAGGGAUCACCUUCUCUCCGGCCAGUGACCUGUUGGUGGCCAGCGUGGGUCUGGACAAGAAGAUCAUCUGCUUCGACACCGCCAGCAAAAAGGUGCUGCGGACCAUACGGGUGGAAAGUCCGCUGACCUCAGUGGACUUUGUUCCGGAUGGUUCUGGUCUGGUUGUCGGGUCGACGCAGGGUAAAAUCUUUCAGUAUGACCUGAGGAACAGCAGCACCCCCUCCAAGAUCACCCUGGCACACAAGACCUCCGUCACCUCUCUGCGUUUCCAGAGCAACAGCAGCAGACACAAGUCCAGCAAAAUGACGUCAUCCAGGGUCUCCAAUAGUAAGAGAUCCUCCUCCAGGGUGUGCAGCAGCAAUAUAGCCUCCGCCCUCCCUGCAAGCUCCUCCCCCCAAAUGCAGACCAGUGCGGCAGGGGGUGACGAGGUGGCCAGUCGCGAGCCGGACGGGCAGAAAGGGGAAGAUCAUCCUCCAGGGAAGUUCAGCGGCGUCGGACGAAACAGUCUGGACAUUUUCUCUCCUGCCCGAGAAGAUGCAGACACGCAGCUGGCCGGCGCCGAUGAGACGUUUGGACCGGCUCAAUUGAGUCCUCGUGUAGACUCGCGUGCUGUUAAUGCUGCUGUUUCCACGGCAACCUUGCCCAGCAGAGAAGGCGAGGGUCCUCCUCAGGCGUCGGGACGCGUCAGUCUGGACAUCUUUUCUCCUGUCAGAGAAGACUCGGGUUCCGGCUCGCUCCGUAAGACGCCGCUGUUGGCCUCGGCCGGUCGGUGCUACAGCCCGCUGUCCGUCUUCCAGACACCCACCAUCAAAGAGGAGGAGCCUGCCAAAGCGUGUGACCCCAGAAAGACUGACAAAACCAGCAGCUCCAGUCUGGAGGGGGAGAAUCGGACCCCGCCCAUCUCAUCCCAGCAGCCAAAUCUUUGCCAGUCCACCGCUCCCUUCUUCACCCCAGAGCCUGGCCUCAGCAGAGCCAACAGCGUUCAAACGCAACUGGACUAUGAUUCGCCUUUCCACAGAGCUCCCCCCAACCCGACUGCGGGUUUGUCCACGGCAGCAGCGCUUACGGCCGACAUUGCUCAGGUGGCGGCGCAGGGUGGAGCCGCACCCCUCACUUCCCUGCAGAUCCACUUUAUCCAGCGCAUGAUCCAUGACACUCUGGAGGACUUCAGAGACGCAUGUCACCAAGAUAUCGUCAACCUGCAGGUGGAGAUGGUUCGCCACUUUUAUGUCCAGCUGAAUGAGAUUCACGGCCUCAUUGAGAAGUACUCGCUCAACGAGUCCCUUGUGGUGGAGAUUGAGCGCCUGAAGGAGGAGAACCGCCGUCUCAAGACCAACUUCUAAUGGGCCGAUCGCCAUGACAACAAGCUGACCCGGUGCACGAGGACCAUCUAAGUCCCAGCAUACACCUGUGGAAAGACUGGAAACUUUGAUAGAUAACCGUGAUGAGUCAUGACACAAAAACAACCAGUUUGUUCCAUGAAAUAAAAAAAGCAGUUCCA